AUGGCCGCCUCAGGUGUUUCCACUUCCACUUCCGUCUCCUCUUCUUCCCACUCUUCGUCAACUUUCUCUCCCACCACCUCCGUCACCUCACCACCCUCCGAAAUCCGCCGGAGCAGCGUCUAUUCUGCCUCUGCUGCUUCAUCCGCCGUCUCUACGCCAACCGCUGCUGCUUCGCCGACUGCUUCGACUCCCGGCGCAUCCACCCCCGGCAGCAGCGGCCCGACAAAUGCCUCCCACCCGCAUCAACUUCCAGCCAUCAGACCGAACGCAGCGCCUCCCCCCAUCUCUGCCAGGCCUCCUCCGCCUGUGAACAAGAUGUCCAUGGCCUCCGUCAUCAGCCCUCCACCCACCGAGGCUGCUCCCAAAAUGUCCAUGACCACCAAGGAAUGGGUUAUUCCGCCCCGCCCGAAGCCCGGCCGCAAGCCCGCCACCGAUACGCCCCCCACCAAACGCAAGGCCCAGAACCGAGCCGCUCAGCGUGCAUUCCGCGAGCGCAGGGCCGCCAGGGUCGGCGAGCUGGAGGAGCAGUUGGACGAGCAGCGUGAAGCUCAGGAAAAGACCGAGAAGGAACUCAAGGAUAAGGUCCACGGUCUGGAAAUGGAGGUGCAGGCAUUCAAGUCCCGAUGCCUUGUUCUGGAGAACCUCCUCGAGCGCGAGAGAAAGGAUCGCGUCAAGGCCGAAGCCGAGCUUGAGGGCCAGAAGAGACGCUGGAGCGAUCAGACCACUGCUGCUUCUGGUCCCAGACGCCUGCCCUCACCAGUCCGCCGCGACUCCUCCGUCACCGUUCACCAUGAACCUCCGACUCCCUCGGCUGGUCACUCGAACCAGCCCUUUUCAAUCUCCCAAAUAGUGUCCCCUCAGGACUCUACCCAGAUGGAAGACUCGCCGGCCCCGUUUGGCUGCGGGUCAUGCGACCCUAGUGGCUCGUGCGUCUGUGCCGAAGACGUCCUCACAGACACCAUCACGGGAUGCGGCGGCUGCACCCCGGAAGGCCGUUGCGCGUGCCUUGAGGAGAGCUUCAAGACCCAGAUCAUGGCAGACCUCAAGCGAGCCCCUUCACCGUCUGCCGCGCCUACAUCUGUGAAGCGCAUCCGCACCGAGCCUGCUCCCGCAGAGGAGACGGAGAUCGACUUCACCGCCAUGUUUUCCAAAAAGGCACCACCUCCCGCCCCCCAGCAGACCUUUCAGAUCGUCCAGCCUCAGCCACUUCCCUCCAUGGCACUCAGGGACUCGUGUGGGUUUUGUAAGGACGGAACCUACUGCAUCUGCGCCGAAGACGCCAUGUCGAUCGGGCCUCCAGCUACCACCCCUUACGGACCUCCUCCCGCCUACAGCCAGCAGACCACCCCUCCCCCAUCAGAGAACGAUGCCGUUCCACCCCCGGCCCCAAUGGAAAUCGACGCCGACGGAGCCGUCAAGCUCCGUCCUCGUCCGCAGACCACGCAGCCCACCGCCCCAAUUUCCCGCGGCUGCGGCGCCAACGGCCCAGGCACCUGUGCCCAGUGUCUCGCUGACCCCAAGUCAGGCCUCUUCUGCCGCGCCCUCUCGGCAAAUUUCGAGCGCAAGGGCGGCUCUGGAGGCGGCUGCUGCGGUGGGGCCGGAGCGGGAGGUGGCUGCUGCAAGUCCGAGUCAGCGCCUCCUCGUCUUCCCCCCAAAGAAAAGCUCGGACUGAGUCUCAGCUGCGCCGAGGCCUACCAGACUUUGUCCAGCCACAGGAACUUCGAGAGAGCCGCGGAUGACAUCGGCUCUUGGCUUCCCAAGCUGCGUGCCGCCCCCAAGCCCGGCCAGAAGCUGCCCUCCCCCUCGCGACUGCCUAUCGAAGUCGAGGCGGCGAGUAUCAUGAGCGUGCUCAAGGACUUUGACAUACGCUUCGGAAGAGGGCAGUAA